CCUUCCAAAAAGACACUACUACCUCCCACGAAAAAAAAAAAUUAAUAAUGUCGCAAUAAAACGCGGCGCACACAACCCACCCAUCCCCUCCCUCCCCUCCGACGACGACGGCGGCGGCGGCGAAGAAUGGACGGCGGCGCGCAGUACAACCCGCGCACGGUGGAGGAGGUCUUCCGCGACUUCAAGGGCCGCCGCGCCGGCCUCGUCCGCGCGCUCACCACAGAUGUGGAGGAUUUCUUCCGGCAAUGCGACCCGGAAAAGGAAAACUUGUGCCUUUAUGGGUUUCCCAAUGAGCAUUGGGAAGUAAAUUUGCCUGCAGAAGAGGUGCCACCCGAGCUUCCAGAGCCAGCAUUGGGCAUUAACUUUGCACGGGAUGGAAUGCAGGAAAAAGAUUGGUUGUCCAUGGUUGCAGUGCACAGUGACGCAUGGUUACUUUCUGUUGCAUUUUACUUCGGUGCUCGGUUUGGAUUUGAUAAAAACGACAGGAAGCGCCUGUUUAGUAUGAUUAAUGAUCUUCCCACCAUUUUUGACGUUGUUAGUGGGAAGAGUAAAUCCAAGCCACCAGGUGCUAAUAACCACAGCAAUAGUAAAUCCAAAUCCAACAAUAAAACGAAGUCAUCUGAGGCUCGGGCGAAGCAGCCAAAGCCCCCGCCUCAGGCGAAGAACGAAGACCUCCGCGACGAGGACGGCGGUCCGGACGACGAAGAAGGCGCCGGCGGCGGCGGCGGCAGGGAGGAAGAGCACGGCGAGACGCUGUGCGGCGCGUGCGGGGAGAGCUACGGCGCCGACGAGUUCUGGAUCUGCUGCGACAUCUGCGAGAAGUGGUUCCACGGCAAGUGCGUCAAGAUCACCCCGGCCAAGGCGGAGCACAUCAAGCAGUACAAGUGCCCCUCCUGCAGCGGCAGCAACGGCGGCGCCGGCGCCGGCAGCGGCAACGGCAAGCGCGCGCGCCCGUCCUAAGGCCGCGUGGUUGGUUGGUGUAGGGCAGCGGCUAUUCUUAUUUGCAGUGGAUGUUACUGCUACUUAAAUGAGGAUUGUUUUAACUUUUGUAAUCGCCUGUGGGUGCUGUUGUUAAGGGCGUUUUUAACUUGUUAGGCAUGCAGUUUUGCUGCCCUUAGCGGGGGGCUAGUCUGCUUAUCUGGUGUACUUCUAACUCGAUUAAUGUUGUUGUUUAAGUAGUAGAUGCUUGUAUUUAGCUGGGCAACCGGAAAGAGAUAUCUGGACAAUUUGGCCUUCGUAGUAUUUAUCGCUCAUUGCGUCCCGGGAGUACGCUCUGUUCAUUUUAAGGGCUACAGCGAAAUGCAUUUUGUUAGAGAAC